AUGCCGGAUGUGUCAGAUGACUUCCGGAAUUCUAGUCUCGCAACUUUGGCGAUCGGCAACACAAAGUUACAAUCGUGUAGCGAUUUGGAGAAAAGCCAACACGGAUUAUAUCAACCUGCUCACUUCUUUUACGCCGCAGCUCUGCUGAUACCGCACCACACCUUUGUCUGGAGCAUCUUCAUCACUCGCUUCCUAAUGGGUUUGGCCUACGCUCUAGUGACAGUGUGGGCAUGUCUGGAACUCUGUGCGCCCGAUGUCUUCGUCUGGAACGCGUUAUUGACAGCUGGCACUUUAGUUCACAUCGUCUACUGGAGUUUGCACUUCCGGCCGGGUCGCAUUCGCCAGCGAUCCCUUCUCGAACUGCAUCAGAAGCUCUUUGUGCCCCUGGAUUGUUCUCAAGAGCUCUUUGUCCAGUUGACCAACAAGUCUGUCAUCCGUCACCUUCAAGUGGGCGACGAUUACUUUGUCGCUACACAACAAUUCGCUACUUCAAUGUCGAGUCCAUCGGCCUCGUUGAGAUUAUCCGUCCUCCUAGCGGGCAAGAUGAGAGUGACUUUUGGUCUUGGCAACCGGUUUCUACAUCACAUUGAGCCGUUCCAGUUCGUCGAUUCCACCGAAUGGUUUAUGAUGCAGAACGUUUCUUCGCAGGACGUCACAGCUUCCAAGAUUCAGAUUUCCAUCACAGCUGACGAACCUUGCAUUUUUCUUCAAUUGGAUUCAGAUCUACUGAACUGCUUGGCCGUUACUAAUCCAUCUUUGAAAUUCCUUCUCGACUGUCUGAUCGGAAAAGAUGUUUCUCAAAAACUGUAUGCCGUUGCGGAACACGUUGCUUUAAUGGGGACGACCAGAGACCCCAAACAGGAUCGUUUACAGUCCGCACAGGUAAGUGGCGGUGGAGGUUCGGUGGGUGUCAACAGUACGAUGACCUACUCAUCCCUGGGUCCAUGGCAAGGUGAACUUCUCAGGAGCCAAAGCGCCGACGCCGUUCACACUUGCAAACAGGGCCAGGUACGAUCCAUUCAUUGGCGGCGGGAUCAGACCCGGAGGAUAUGGGCUAGGAGGUAUGAGAAACUCGUUCCAUGUCGACAAGAGACUCGUCCGUUGAUGAAUGGCCGAAAGACAAGUAGACGUAGCCAUUUAGAAGAAGAAGAAGAGCCAGAUGAUUGUUUGGCCAGGGCAAGUAGCUCUAAAUACCCUGCGAUAGCUAGUGACAAUCGUCACCAAGAAAUAAGGAUAGCCGCCUCUCAUCAUCAAGAACAAUUUCGCCCACACUGGAACAACAAAGUCCAAUUUGACGAGACCUUCGUGUGAUUAUUUUUCUACGUGUUCCUCCCUUUUUCUACCGAGCUUAGAAUAAUGUAUUUUUGGGAAAGAACUUGUAUUUUAAGUGAAACAUCUAACCACCGGGUGGUGGCUUGUAUUUUGUCUAUACCUCUGUUGCUUUGCUCGUUUACUGUGUGAAAUAACACUGAUGUCAAUAUGUUGUCUGUGAUUGGUAUUUUUUAAUCGAACAAAUUGCACUGUCAAUGAUAAUAUUCGAUGUGAAUACAAGCCAUUGUCAUUUGUA